AUGUCCUCCGGCUUAUCAGAGUCCCAGCUACUCGAGGCAGAGCCGCUGCUCAGGCCAGAUGUGGUCGAGAAUACGCCUGUGUAUCCGACUAUACAUGCUAUCAAGGCGGAUGUCAUGCACUUUAUAGAUACGCCUUUGAGUUUCGAGGCGCUCACGGCACCUGACCUCACCUACACUCUUGUACGACCACUUGCCGAGAAAUACAUUCAGAUGCAACGCGCUGGAAACAUGUCCAUCGUCUUCUGCCUGCUGCUCAACCGCGUCCACUUCCUUCGCGACGAAACCAUGCUCACUCAAUCUCUCUCGCGAACACGUGCCGAACUCUGCGAGAUUUUGGCCAUUCGCUGCCUGCGCGAGUAUGGCGAGAACAUACUGGAUCUGGUCACUGUUUCCACCACAACGUGGAACGUCUACUCCGGCGCGGAGCCAGCUACCGUUGAGCGCGCUCGGCAGGAAUAUGAUGGAGAUCUCGAAGACAGGGUCGGCAAUGCCAUCGAACUGGCUAUCAUCAGCAGGGCGAAACGUAUGAUCAAGAGUAACCCCGGACAGAAGGUCAUUGAUGCAAUUUGGAGCGGAAAAUGUGUCUACACCGCUGCAAGCACUCAUGCGUUUCUUUCGGAUACCUACAAGCGCAACCCAGUUCACUUCUAUAACCCGCGCAAGGCACCUUUUCUCGACCACUAUAGGUUGAAGGUCCCAGCAAUACGUUCGGUUCUCGAGUUCAUGAACUUCUCAAUACUGUUCAUCCUCUUCGUCGCGUGCAUUGAGCUCAAUGAGGCGACACGAUUGAAUACCUGGGAGGUCCUUUUCAUGAUCUACUCGCUCGGGUUCUCCCUUGAGAAGGUCGCAGCGAUGCAGGAACACGGCGUGAAAGUGUACUUUACAGGGAUAUGGAAUGGUUUCGAUGUAGCAUUCGUCUCAUUCUAUGCGGCAUACGCUACUCUGAGCUUAUAUGGGAUCUAUGGCCACCACUACCGUUUCCGCGAACUAGGCAUCGACUUCCUGGCAUUGAUCGCCAUCCUACUCUUCCCUCGCCUUGUAUUCGUCACCCUGAAGGACAACCUCAUGAUCCUCUCAUUGCGAGCCAUGCUCGCGCAGUUCGCUGCUCUCAUGUUCAUCGCAAUGUUCUGCUUCGGUGGAUUCUUGUAUGCACUUUGGACCUUCAGCCGAAAUGGAGCCGACUACAGCGCAAGUCAAAUCGCAUGGUGGAUGGCCGACCUUUGGUUCGGUCUUGACGCCGCAGGGUUUGAGCGAGCUUCGCAAUUCAGUACUGUCUUUGGUCCGCUGGUCAUGGUUACCUAUGCAUGCUUGAGUAAUACACUGCUGCUCACGGUGCUGGUCUCGAUCCUAUCGAACACGUUUGCGACUGUCAGUGAAGACGCGGAGGCUGAGGCUCUGUUCCGUCGCGCAGCCUCUACCAUUGAAGGAGUCAAGGCCGAUUCGCUCUUCUCCUACCAACCUCCCGUGAACAUAUUCGCGCUGUGCUUGCUAUAUCCGAUGAGCUAUGUCCUUACGCCGCGCUGGUUCCACAAAGUCAACGUCUUCCUUAUCCGACUUACGAAUCUGCCCAUUCUCGCUGGGAUUUCCGUGUACGAGCGUCAAGCGCGGAAGCUUGAUACCACAGGUCUCUCAGAAACAAUCGAGGCCACAAUGGAGCAGUUCAUCGAUGGUCUCCCGCGCUUCCUCAGAAGACUCAUACCGAAUCUCUUCGAGGGCAUGGCUGGUAGCGGCUCCGACAUCGACAUUAUCUUCGAGAUCGAAGAAGAGUACAACUCAGCACUCGACACGGACGAUGGUCCCCCGCUCAACUCACGACCGCGUGCAGUCUCCUUCAACACAGGCUCCAACGCAGGAUCAAGACGACAAUCGCAGACAGGCGGUACUCGCCCGCAACCUUCUUCCUCCCCUACACACUCGAAAACGAGCGCUCUGCCAGCUCUCGCGAUGCCGCGCCAUCGUUUGACAUCAAUCCUACACGAAGGAGCCGAUGCCGCUCGUACAGCCGUGAGCCCCCUCGCGCAGAUCUUCCAGCCCAUCGUUGUGCCCGAGAUAAGUGGCUCCCCGGAAGACGCCGGUAAUGGAUUGAGUCCUGCAGGGAGCAACACCGGCAACGGUUCAGCACCAGUCAGCUAUGGCCCCGCAUCCCGUCGAAGACGCAUAUCGACCGUCGGAGGCGGUCUUCGACCCAGCGACAGCCACGGCCCAUUCGGCGGCGGACUGCGCUUCCCGAGCAGCGCGAGUCACGGUGGGAGCUCACUGGGUGGUGCGGUCAGCGAGAGCCCGGAACGUUCUCCGAAACGCGAGGACGCGCCGGAGGUUGAGACGGCUGUUGAUGCUACGGAUGAGGAUGCUGAGCUUGGGCCUAUUGAGCUUACGAGGAGGUUGGGUGAGAUUGAGAGGAGGCAGCAGAGGAUCGAGGAUCUGUUGGGGCAGAUUGCUGGGGCUUUGCGCAAGUAG